AUGACUACUGAACGUGAAAGCAAGACUUUCUUAGCUCGCCUUUGCGAGCAGGCCGAACGUUACGAUGAGAUGGUCACUUUCAUGAAGGAAGUCGCUAAGCUUGGCGGCGAGCUUUCUGUUGAUGAGCGCAACCUUCUUUCCGUCGCCUACAAGAACGUCGUUGGAACUCGACGUGCCUCUUGGCGAAUCAUCUCCUCGAUCGAGCAAAAGGAGGAGUCCAAAGGCUCUGACAAGCACGUCGCGACUAUUCGUGAGUACCGCAACAAGAUAGAGACUGAGUUGGAGAAGGUCUGCCAAGAUGUGCUGGAUGUUCUAGACGAGAGUCUGAUCCCCAACGCUGCAACUGGAGAGUCCAAGGUUUUCUACCACAAGAUGAAGGGUGACUACCACCGCUACUUGGCUGAAUUCGCGUCUGGUGAGAAGCGCAAGGUUGCUGCUACUGCUGCACAUGAAGCCUACAAGAGUGCUACCGAUGUAGCCCAAACCGAGCUUACCCCUACGCAUCCCAUCCGUCUCGGCCUUGCCCUCAACUUCUCGGUCUUCUACUACGAGAUUCUCAACUCUCCCGACCGAGCUUGUCAUCUCGCUAAGCAAGCUUUCGAUGAUGCCAUCGCUGAGCUCGACUCUUUGUCCGAGGAGUCUUACCGUGAUAGCACCCUCAUCAUGCAACUUCUCCGUGAUAACCUAACCCUAUGGACCUCGUCAGAGAGCGCUGAGGGCGAGGGUGCUGCUGGCCAGGAGGCCGCUAAAGAGGACAAGCCUGCCGAGGAGGCCGAAAAGCCCAAGGAGGAGGCUGCUCCUGCUGAGUCCUAA